CGGAGCUUUUUAAGCCCCAAAAACGGAAGACAAACGUCCAGACGGACAUAAAAGGGGACUCAAAAAGAGCGAAAAUGUUGCCGGCGUGAGCGAUGACCAUUGCAAUUGCUGGUAUGGCCGAUUCAUUAUUAUCAGGUAGCGUUAAAGAGAACAAGCUAUGGAAGGGAGUCCUUGCUGUCGCCGGAAUCAUGACCACUCUUGUCAUCUAUGGUCUUUUACAGGAAAAGAUCAUGAGAGUCCCAUAUGGGUCAAACAAGGAAUUCUUUAAGUACUCGUUGUUUCUUGUUUUCUGCAACCGCAUUACCACGUCUGCUGUCUCUGCUGCUGCUCUUGUGGCAAGUAAAAAAGCUUUGAAUCCUGUCGCUCCCGUUUACAAGUACUGUCUCAUAUCAGUAUCCAACAUACUGACCACAACUUGCCAGUAUGAGGCGCUCAAGUAUGUUAGUUUCCCUGUCCAGACACUCGCUAAGUGUGCCAAAAUGAUUCCUGUCAUGGUAUGGGGCACAAUCAUUAUGCAAAAGAGAUACAAAGGAAUGGACUACUUUUUGGCUCUUCUAGUGACACUGGGCUGUUCAAUUUUCAUUCUAUUUCCAGCAGGAACUGAGAUCAGUCCAUACAGCAGAGGAAGAGAAAACACUGUUUGGGGUGUUUCCCUGAUGCUUGGCUAUCUUGGUUUCGAUGGAUUUACAAGCACGUUCCAAGAUAAGCUAUUUAAAGGUUAUGAUAUGGAGAUUCACAAUCAAAUUUUCUAUACAACAUUGUGUUCUUGCAUUCUCAGCUUGACAGGCCUUGUAUUACAAGGACAUCUUCUUCCAGCCAUAGAUUUUGUGUUCCGCCAUAGUGAUUGUUUCUUUGACAUUGCAUUGCUUUCCACCGUAGCAACUGCUAGCCAGUUCUUCAUUUCGUACACAAUUCGCACAUUUGGUGCUCUAACCUUUGCUGCUAUAAUGACCACAAGACAGUUGGUGAGCAUCGUGCUAUCAUGUGUGUGGUUCGCCCAUCCUCUUAGCUGGGAACAAUGGAUUGGAGCUGUUAUCGUCUUUGGUUCUCUGUAUGCAAGAAACUUGUUGAAAAGCACAUCUUCGAAGCCUCCACCUUCCGAGCAUACUCAAAAUGGAGCGUCUAGUCCUAUGAAGCAAAACCCUUGAUGCAGUGACUUCAGAACUUUGGACUUGGUGCUGCCUCCAAUUUUACAGUGAUUGGCAGCUAUUGGUCUCGUUGUGAGUUUCCCAUUCAAUAGACUGCAAAAUGGAUGGAGAUGGACACGAUUUCAUCCAAACAAUUCGAUGCAGUACCACAAGCAAAAGGAUCCUCUCUGAGUGGCAUUAGUAGUUAAUAGUGUUAGGGGAGGGAAGAAAAAUAGUAAGAGAGAAGGUGACGUUCCAUUUUUGUGUAGGAACUGACCACAGCAUAAAAGGGCUGAUCUUUUACUUGUGUUUAAUGUCUGAACACAUGCCCCUAAAAUAUAUCCGAACAGAAAAGGUAUAAAAUAUACCUACAAUUUGAUGCAGGAGCAAAGCAUCUUGUCAGUAUUUUAUCACUAAUGAACUUGAGGGAUGCUUGUCUCUUA